GCAAUUGAAAAAGAAGUUUACAACCGCUGAGUUGAAAGGAUGAAGAAUCGUGUCAGACUUUCUCUGCUUCUUUACUUGGUUUUUCUGGGGCUUAUUUCAAUCCAAGUUGAAUCGAAAAGAUGUUCCACGCCAGCUAAAAAUAAAUGCAGUGAAUAUGAAGGGAAAUGUCGCCGAUAUUGUGCUGAUUUUCUAAGAAUUGGAGGGUUUGAAUUCAAAGAUUGUCAAUUUUAUUGUUGCAAAACAGAUGUGGAUGAGGAUUCUGAAUUCACCUGCGGCGUUGAUGAGAAUAAAAAUGGACGAUGCUUUGACCAAUGUUAUGAUAAAAGUUUUGAAAUACAACCUGUAGAACCUUUUGUAUGUCCCAACUCGGAAGUUUGUUGUCUGAAUACAUGCAAUGACGGUUCAGGAUUAUGUACAAAAAACAAGAACCAAUGUGCAGAACUAGAAGGCCUACCAGAGAAAGACGAGAAGGGUGUUUGCAAACAAGAUCAAAUCUGCUGUUUGGGAUUCAACUAUAAAAAAGAAUAACUGCUAACUUAAAUUAUCAUGAAAUAUUCUGGAAGCUUUUUAAUAUUCUUCCAAUAAAGUUUUCAAAUCGUUUUCAAUAUCAAUUUCAAACAUUUUUAUUUAAUAAAGCCUCAAAUUGGCAAAGAACUCUCAAACUGCA